AUGAUUAUGUUUCCUCAUUUUGGGAAGAUUUCUCUGGUUACUUUGAUAAUUGUUGUGAUAGAAGGAAACCUUCCAUCAUUAACAGCACAAACCUACAUAUCUUUAGAAGAUAUCCAAGAACCCAAGACUGCAGUUUCUUUUCUCCUGACUGACUCAGAAUCAAGAGCGCCUUCUGUUUCUACUGAAAAGAAACUACCUCUGGACCACAGAGAAGCUGAGAAACAGUGGUUGUUCAGAAGAAGGCGAUCUAUUCUGUUUCCUAACGGUGUAAAAACCUGCCCAGAUGAAAGUGUUACAGAGGCUGUGGCAAACCAUGUAAAGUACUUUAAACUACGAGUGUGUCAGGAAGCUGUCUGGGAAGCCUUCAGGACGUUUUGGGAUCGACUUCCUGGACAUGAGGAAUAUCAUUACUGGAUGAAUUUGUGUGAGGAUGGAAACACAACUAUAUUUGAAAUGGGCACAAAUUUUAGCCAGUCUGUGGAACAUAAAAAUUUAAUUAUGAAGAAACUGACAUAUACAAAGGAAACUGUAAGCAGCCCUGAAUUAUCAUCUCCACUUCCUGUUGGUGAUACCCCAACAUCAGGAGGUGCUGUUCUCAGUGUUCCAUACCCAGGGGUGACCUCCUAUGAAGGUACCUCAGAAAGCAGCAAGGAGAGGACUGGAGAGAGUAUUAGCAAUGAAAUUGAGACUGUCAUUGAAGAAACCACAAAACCAGCAACUGAGCAGAUUGCAGAAUUCAGUAUCCACCUUUUGGGAGAGCAAUACAGGGAAGAACUACAGGAUCCCUCCAACAUCUACCACCAGCACCUUGUAGAAGAGUUUAUUUCUGAGGUUGAAAGUGCAUUUACUGGGUUACCAGGCUAUAAGGACAUCCAUGUACUUGACUUUAGGUCCCCCAAGGAAAAUGGCAGUGGCAUAGAUGUUCACUAUGCAGUUACCUUCAAUGGUGAAGCCAUCAGCAAUACCACCUGGGACCUCAUUAGCCUUCAUUCCAACAAGGUGGAAAACCAUGGUCUUGUGGAACUGGAUGAUAAGCCCACUGCUGUUUAUGCAAUUAGUAACUUCAGAGAUUACAUUGCUGAGACGCUGCAUCAGAAUUUUUUGUCAGGCAAUUCCUCUUUGAAUCCAGAUCCUGACUCCCUCCGGCUUAUCAAUGUGAGAGGAGUUUUACUUCCUGAAACUGAAGACCUAGUUUGGAACAUCCAAAGUUCAAGUCUUCAGGCAACCCUACCAUCCAUUAUGGAUAAUACCCUUCAAGCUGAAUGGCCCUCAGCAGAUGAAUCCACCACCAGCAGUAUUUCACCACUUGAUUUCAGCUCUGGUCCUCCCUCAACCACUGGCAGGGAACUCUGGUCAGAAAGCCCUUUGGGUGAUUUAGUGUCUACACCUGAAUUAGCCUUUCCCUCGAAGGUGGGCCUCAGUUCUUCCCCAGAGGUUUUAGAGGUUAGCAGCUUGACUCUUCAUUCUGUCACCCCAGCAGUGCUUCAGACUGGCUUGCCUGUGGUUUCUGAGGAAGGAACUUAUGGAUCUCACAUAUUAGAAGAUGGAUUAAUCAAAGUUGAAAGGCCAGAAGAUAUUCUUUCUGUUCAUUCAUUGCCUUCAAGUCCAUUCACUCACCCAGUGCCAAAGGAAACGAUACCAUCUGUGGAAGACUCUGAAGUGUCUUUGACAUCCUCACCAUAUCUGGCUUCCUCUGUCACUUUAGAUCUUCUUGCUAAAGAAACAACAAUACCUUUUGGCUUGGAUUCUUUGGCCUCCAAAGUCAAAGGCCAAUUAGAAGUGAGCACUUUGCUGCCAGACACAUCCAUAGAAAAAGAGUUUAUAUUUGAGAGUGGUUUAGGUUCUGGGUCUGGGCAAAAGGUGGAUCUGAUUACUUGGCCAUGGAGUGAGACUUCUUUAGAGAAGAGUUCUGAACCACUGUCUAAGUCAUGGCUUGAAGAUCAGGAGUCACUUAUGCCAACCGAGGGUAUAGAUGAGAAAUUAGUUAUAGAUGACAAAGUAGAUUCCACAGGGCAAAGUACUGAGCACUUAAAAUAUGGGCAGUAUGAUAGAGCCACAUACUUUGCAGAGGAAGAGCUCAUUGGUGGAUCUACUAUACCCAUCCUUGCAGAGACCUCAACUCAAUCUGCAUCUCUAAUGCUCUCUAAGCAGAUAUCAGAGGCACCUGACAUUGAUGAUUACUUGAUUACCAAAGCUCCUCUUCUACUGACAUCUACAGCAAUCUCUGCUUCUACUGGUAAACCAGAGCUACCAUUUCUAAAGGAGGAUAUAGAAAAAACUACAGAGUCAUCCAACCGUGAAUGGUUUGACAGAAAAGUUUCAAUAAUGAAGCCAGAUAUGCAACCUUUGGGGACCAUAUUGCCAGAAUCAGAUGUAGUUUGGGCAAGAACUUCUUCCCUGGGGAAAUUGUCCAGAGACGUAUUGGCAAGUACACUACAGGGUACUGACAAGCUCUGGUUGAAAUCUUCCAUGACACAGUCUACCAGAUUGUCUCCAACCACAAGCUCCACCCUGCUAGAGGAUGAAGUAAUUAUGGGUGUACAGGAUAUUUCAUUAGAGCUGGACCGGAUAAGCACAGAUUACUAUCAGCCUGAGCUAAUUCCUGAGGAAAAUGGCAAGGUUGGUAGUUAUGUGGAAAUGUCUACGAAUGUUCACUCGACAGAGAGGGCUAUUGUGGUGCAGCCCACAGAAAGAGGUGACUUGAGUCAUACCCAGACUGCAGGAGCUUUGGUGGUUUUCUUCAGCCUUCGAGUGACAAACAUGAUGUUUUCGGAAGACCUAUUUAAUAAAAACUCUUUGGAGUAUAGAGCACUGGAGCAAAGAUUUUUGGAACUGCUGGUUCCCUACCUCCAGUCAAAUCUCACAGGGUUCCAGAAUUUAGAAAUCCUGAACUUCAGAAAUGGCAGUAUUGUGGUGAACAGCCGAAUGAAGUUUGCAAACUCUGUCCCUCCUAAUGUCAACAAUGCUGUAUACAUGAUUCUGGAAGACUUCUGUACCACUGCCUACCAGACCAUGAACAUGGCUAUUGAUAAAUACUCCCUUGAUGUGGAAUCAGGUGAUCAAGCCAACCCUUGCAAGUUUCAGGCAUGCAAUGAAUUUUCUGAGUGUUUAGUCAACCCAUGGAGUGGAGAAGCAGAGUGCAGAUGCUAUCCUGGGUAUCUGAGUGUGGAAGAACUACCCUGUCAGAGUCUCUGUGACCUGCAGCCUGACUUCUGCUUGAAUGACGGAAAGUGUGACAUUAUGCCUGGACAUGGGGCCAUUUGUAGAUGCCGGGUGGGUGAGAACUGGUGGUACCGAGGUGAGCAUUGUGAGGAGUUUGUGUCCGAACCCCUGGUAAUAGGCAUUACCAUUGCCACCAUGGUUGGAAUUGUCCUUGUUGCGUCUGGUGUUGUCUUCUUCCUUGUCAGGACACUUCAGGCUCAUUACGUUAGGAGAGAAGGAGAAAGGCCCAUCAGUAGGCAGCCUGACAGCCUCUCAUCAGUUGAAAAUGGUGUGAAGUACCCUACAUAUGAAAGCCAUGUGGCUGGACCGGAGCAGUAUGAGGGACCCUAUCCUCAGCACCCCUUCUACAGCUCUGCAAGUGGAGAGAUGAUUGGUGGUCUGAGCAGGGAAGAAAUCAGGCAAAUGUAUGAGAACAGUGAGCUUUCCAAAGAAGAAAUUCAAGAAAGAAUGAAAAUUUUGGAACUGUAUGCCAGUGAUCCUGAGUUUGUAGCUUUUGUGAGAGAACAUCAAAUGGAAGAGGAGCUUUAAUCAAAACUUUUAUUAUGAAACUGAUCAGAAGCCUAGAGAAGAUGGAGAUCACUUGUUACCUAUGUCAUACAAUUAACCGGAUUUUGACCUCUGUUGGAAGAAGAGUUUUCUACUUAAAAAA